AAAAAAAAGCUACUUACAACUUCGUCGCCGAUCAGCUGAAUCAACGGUCAAGAUCAACUCAAAACAUUAAUAAACGGACUAGAUUGUAUCUUCACGAAUCGGACUCGUUUACAUAAAGUCAGGGUUUUUGCACUAUUGGGCGAGAAUUGAAAGACGUUGGGGGGUUUCUCACUACCCAGAAAUUAUCAUCAUCCACAGAGAAACCCAAAAGAGAUUGAAGAAGAUGCAUUACAUGGGUUUGUUUAGUAGAGCUGGAAACAUAUUUAGGCAGCCUAGAGCGUUGCAGGCCUCAAACGCUAUGUUACAGGGCAAUCUUUCAUUAACUCCAUCCAAAAUCUUUGUUGGAGGUCUCUCACCAUCUACUGAUGUGGAGCUCUUGAAAGAAGCUUUUGGCAGUUUUGGAAAAAUUGUUGAUGCGGUAGUGGUUUUGGACCGUGAAAGUGGUUUAUCAAGGGGCUUUGGUUUCGUAACAUAUGAUUCGAUCGAAGUUGCUAAUAACGCAAUGCAAGCUAUGCAAAAUAAGGAGCUUGAUGGGCGAAUAAUUGGAGUGCAUCCAGCUGAUUCAGGAGGUGGUGGGGGUGGUGGUGGUUUUGCAAGAAGGGGAGGUUAUGGUGGUGGUCGUGGGGGAUAUGCUCGUGGUGGAUUUGGUCGCGGUGGAUUUGGUGGUGGUGGCUAUGGCUUUGUUCGUUAACUGGACAUCCAGAUAUGUCUACCGCCAAGAUUGAUUAGUCUGUGGUUUAAUUUUCUCUUCACAAAGACCACUAUUUUGUUAUAACAACGCUCUUAUGCUUGAACAAACAUAUCAAGCGGCUAAAGUUGGCAAAAACAUUUGUUGAUUCAAUUGGUAUUUGAUACAAAUUCAUAAAA